AUGGACUCGGUGGAAUUUUAUGGAGAGUGGAUAGAUAUUGAGGUUGUAUCGACUGACAAUACCGGAAAGGGAGCUGGAUCUACUACGUAUACUUAUGGAGUAUUUGGCCAAGAUGAUGGUGUUAAAGUAAAUAAAACUGAGGAUCCUGCUAGCUCUGGCUUCUGGAACUUUGAACAUACCAAAAAUGGUAGUAGUGGACUACCAUUCAAAGUUGAGAAAGUAAUAUGCGGUGAACUCACUGAUGGUUUAGGUAUCAAUAACACUGAUAUUCUACAUCUGGCAGUAGGGUAUUGGAAAGAGACAGUUGCAACUAUGCACAACCCUAGCCUAAUAGAAAUACGAGAUACAAAUGGAGACUAUGAUUAUUAUUCCAGCAAAAAUGGUAUAAAUUGGCAACCGCUUUCUGGAAAUGGUGGCUCUCUACUUUCCGGCGAGGAUCUUGAGAUUCAGCUGGACGAUCUCAAUUGCCAAUACCACAAAUUGGUAACCAUGGAUCUUACUAAAAGCCAUUCCGAGAAACAUACUAGUGGUGAAAAUGGAACACAGUAUUGUUGUAAAGAGUAUAAUAGUAAGGUUCAAGUUAGUGAAUUGACAAUUUCCUGUAAGUUGCAACACAAUCCAAACCAUGUUACAGCAUAUAAACACUCCAUUGUUCGUACUUCAAAACUAGCGGGUAUUAAGUAUUAUGAUGGUGGUCUUAAUACCAAUGCUCUUAGGAAGAGAAUAACCGCUCCUGAAUUGAACUUUCCCAUUAAAGGUCCAGUAGAUAUUUACACCUUCUACUGUAAAGAGGAGGCCCCGGUUCUCGUCUACAUUGACUCACCUAGAAACGAUGCGGCUAAAGAAUGUAUUGCCCCUGCUACUACUCCAUCUGGAGCUGUAGAAGACCUUGGUGAAACAGUAUUGAAAACAGUUAGCCCUCUUAUCAAAAUUGGAUUAACCGAAUCAGCCAUAGUUACUUUACUUAGAUGGUUUGCUACGGAGAAACUUCUUCAAACUGGAGCUGCUCUAACUGAUAGUGACACUGUUAAAGAUGCUAAUGAUGACAAAGAAGAUGAAGCUAAACCUAAAGUAAGAGUCCCUGGUGAAGAUAAGGAUGUUGCUAAACCUGAAGUUUCUCAUGCUCCUCAAUAUCCUCCUGAAGAAACUCUUGUUCCUCCUGAUGAAGCUGCUACUUAUAGUCGAACUACUACUGCUGGUUCUGGUAAGCAAGUAGGUAAAUACUGCAAUGAAUAUGGAUGCAAAAGCGGCGGUUGUCAAUGUGGAAGCCGUGGAGGACCCUGUAAACCCAACCUAUGUACAUCUACCAACUGCCAAUGCUGUAAAGAGAGGGAAGGCCUCAUUUGGGCGAUAAGAAAGGUUGUGAUUCCAUUUGGAAAAUCCAUUAUUCUGGUUGACUUCAAGAGUCUCCGUAUGAUUUCAUCUUGUUGUUCCAUUAGUGACCUUAUGGAUGAGGGAGUUGAGCUCGUUGAACUUAUUACAAAGAAGCGUCAAUCCAUACGAAACAGAAAUGCAAUUUGUAUACUGAGUGAUGAUCCAUCGUCUUUGGAUCUCCUCUGCGAGGACUUUGUCCCAGGCAAGGAAAAAUACAAGGCGCUAUUUAUUAUUUUUAACUACCAUCUUCAAGAUGAUAGUGCUCUGCGUCAAAUUGCAGAAUGUAUAGACAUUGAUAUUGUUUUGGGGUGUGUUGAGUUACAUCUCAACUUUUGCUCAUAUGAAGAUCGCAUAUUUCAUGGAUUAAUGGGUAAUACCCUCACCAGAGUUUACCCACAGUUUCAAAGAUCCAUCGUAUAUCCUAUAUCAUCACGAAUUGCUUCAUUUCUAUCGACGAUGAAUGCGCGUCCAAAGAUUCGGUUUUAUCGGUCAAAGUCUGGGAUUUGUGAAUCUGUAGCAAAGACAGUUGCUGCAUUUUUAGACAUUUUUGGAAAGGUUAAAGAUGAUAAAGACUCUGAAAAUGGUGGAGUAAAUAAGAACAGUGGAGAUGUAUUGUAUAUCCUAGAUCGAUCAUUUGAUUUUACUUCUUUAUUCAUCCACGAGUACACUUAUCAAGCAUUUGUAUACGAUAUGCUUGGAGUACCCGUAUGCAGUGAAGCUAGUGAAGGAGUGACGGAUGAUACUUGGGAAUUUAAAUUUGUCACAAAUGCAGGCAAAAAAGAGACAAAGGUCGCACUUUUAAACAGCCAAAAUGACGUACUUUGGGAAAAGUACCGUCACUUGCAUAUUCAAAAGGUAAAUUCCGAUGUCCUUGACCAAAUUAAAAAGCUAUCAAUGGAUACGAAAAUGCCUGGGAAACAAAAGACAAUUUCCAACCCUCCAUCUAUAACCUCAAUGACAUCUAUACCAACCUCUAAACAAGGUUCAAUACCAGCUUCGCAAUUAUCACUCAAACAAAUGACUUCGAUUGGGACAGUUCAUAGUUCUCCAUCCAUUCACACAGAUUUAGGCUCUGGGCGUCCUUUUGAGACACAACAUAGCAAGGUUGCGGAUAUUUACGGUACUUUGGAGAUUGUGAGAAACAUUCCACAGAUGCAGUACCUCUUGGAAAAGUACUGGGCGCAUGUAAGCAUAAGUGAGCGUUGCUUCGAGGUUGUACAGUCCAAGGAUUUGCUAAAGAUUGGUGCCGUUGAACAAAAUAUUGCUACAAACGUGGACAAACACGGUAAGCACAUUAGCCAUUCAAAGGUGCACCAGCAGAUUUUCCAGCUUUUCCUAGAUACCAGUAUGGACGAAGAGGACAGACUGAGACUUCUCAUUUUGUACAUUACAAGUUAUAAGAAUGUUGAGAAAAAGAAUAUCGAAAAACUUCUGGAAGUUUCCUCUAUCAGCAUAGAUGGCAGAAGGGUCAUCGAGGAUAUAGUUAACCUGUUUAGUAUAACAUUUACUGAGGGAUCCGAUUCAAAGACGAGUCAUCGGUACGACUCUGAAAAAUUUUACAAAAAGUAUGCCAGUGCUGCAGAGUUUGAUUUAUCGCGAUAUGUUCCCUACUUGCAUCACAUAUUGGAUAAGAUUAUAAAGGGAAAGGUGGAUCCCGAGCUUUUUCCAUAUCUGGAUUCGUCCCAGGAGACUACAAAGGAGGCGAAGGAGGAUGAAGUGGAAAAGGAGCAAUGGACCUUUUUUGAAAAGGAGGAGGUGUCAAAGCCAAAGGUUAUACUGUACAUUAUUGGAGGAAUUACAUUUUCAGAAAUGAGGGAGAUUUACGCAGCUACAAAUCGGUCAGACUUUGACUUUUAUCUAGGAGGAGAUCACAUUACAACUCCAAGCAGAUUAAUAGGUGGAUUCUAUCAUCGGAGAGUUAGCAUUUGA